AUGGAGGCCAUUGUGCUGGCCUGCAGCUUCGAGUGUUGCUGUGCCUUGCUGCUCUUGCUUCGUCCGACAGCGGAUGACCUCCGUCGAGCUCGCCCGGCCACCUUCGACCUCGGCGUGGCCCUGCCUCCACUAGCAGCCUCCUGGUGCCGGCCGUUUCCAUGGGUUCGGGGAGCCCCAAGAGCCCAAGCCGGAAGACUCCGUGGAUGUGCAUCCCACUUGUGCCAUUUUGGAUCGUCAAUAAUGUUGCGGGAUUCGCCAAGUACCAUUACGCCCGGAGACCACGGAUCCCUGAAGUUCCACUACCGUCGCCAUGGAUCCGACAAGUUCGCGAGUACGACCACUUCCCACGACGACCUUGUACCACUACCGUUGACGAAGACAUGUGCACCACAAGCAUCAAGUUCAACUACCGUCGACCGCGAAGGGUUUGGAGUCAUCAAGUACCUCUCCGAAGCGAACGUGAAUGACUACCGUCGCAAGAACGGGACCGGAAAGUCCGAAGACCCCAAGUACCUCGACACCGAUGACAUGAACGUCUACGGAAACUCGUGCAACGAUAAAUAUGUACCACUACCGUCGCCGAGAUCACGAGAACCUCUACCGUCGACCCUAGAGCGUGCGAGAACGACUACUUCGACUACCGUCGCGUGA